UAGACUAUGCGAUAAGGGAAAGAGCGUUUCCUGGUAACGCGCGCAGGUUUAUUAACCUCAAACCGAGAGAUGUGUUGUCGUUCGAACGAGUGUGAGUUUAAUAUCGGUGAAUCUCCGAAUCUUAGGGCGCUGCGAGUGACGUGCCUCAGCGUUAGCGGGCGCGUCGAGGGGAACGUGCGUUUGAUUGGUCGAGCGCGCGUGUUAUAACGCGUAUCUCGACGCGGGCAAUGAGAACUGAACGCUAACAUUAGAGUGUUGACGUUCAACGCAUGACAUCAUCUCCCACGACUCUAACUCGAUUAUAUAUACCGUUUUGUAUUUUCCAAUGCGCACGAGGAAGGCCUAGCAAUAUCGAGAUGAUAGCGUCGGAAGUUGGCUCCACUAAUACGGAGCCUGUACAAGUCAGGAUCACAAGCGAAAAAGCCCCGUUGAUUCAUGGCAGAAGUAUGUUUCAACGAUUAAGCAAUAUCUUCAAGACCAGGAGAAUGCAACAUCCGGAAGGAGACGGCUACGUCGAGUUUGGCAAUCUGGGUAUAGAUAGCACUCGUACAUUAGGAACCUUCGCUGGCGUCUUCAGUCCGGUCACAUUGUCUAUGUUCAGUGCCUUAGUUUUUAUACGAAUGGGAUAUAUCGUCGGCAAUGCAGGAUUACUCGUUACUCUGACGCAAUUUAUAAUUGCAUAUGGUAUUUUAUUAUUCACGGUCGCAUCUGUUUGCGCUAUAUCGACCAACGGCGCAGUGGAAGGCGGCGGUGCUUAUUUUAUGAUCAGCCGCACGUUAGGACCUGAAUUUGGCGGUUCCAUCGGCACUCUCUUUUUUAUGGCCAAUAUAGUCUCCAGCGCGCUUUGCAUUUCCGGCUGCGCUGAGGGUUUGGUUGAGAACUUCGGGCCAUCUGGUUACCUGAGCGGCACGAGUGGACUCAUACCAGAUGGCCGGUGGUGGAGAUUUUUAUACUGUUCUCUAUUGAACACCGCCAAUCUUCUGGUUUGUCUAAUCGGAGCCGCAAUGUUCGCGAAAACCAGCGUCGCGAUCUUGGCGGUCGUUUGUAUCUGUCUAAUCAGUGUUUUCAUCAGUUUCUUGGCGCAAGGCGCUAUGGAGAUACCGAUACCGGACGCGAACAUGUUGGUGCAGAAUGCAACGGACCACGUGAAUGGAAGUUACACAGGUCUUCUGUCUUCUACGCUCUACAACAAUCUCUAUACGAAUUACAGCGCCGAUUAUUCAAGCAGCGGGACAUUGACGGAUUUUGCGAGCGUCUUCGGCGUGCUUUUCAGCGGUGUAACUGGAAUAAUGGCGGGUGCGAAUAUGAGCGGUGAACUGAAGAAUCCUGGCCGGAAUAUUCCACGUGGAACGUUGUCAGCGGUAUUGUUCACAUUCAUAUGCUACAUCCUGCUGUCUGUAUUGACGGCUGCCACUACCAGUCGGUUUUUAUUGCAAAAUAACUUCAUAUACAUGAUGCCGAUUAACAUUUGGCCACCGUUCGUCGCUGUCGGCAUUCUCACGGCGACGUUCAGCGCUGGUUUGAGCAAUCUGAUAGGCUCCAGCAGAGUAUUGGAAGCACUGGCCAAGGACAACGUAUUCGGUUCGGGAUUAAAUUUUAUAAUACAAGGUACGUGGCGCGGUAACCCAAUAGCGGCGGUGCUUACCUCGUGGGCUUUAGUUCAGACGAUUUUACUCAUCGGCUCGUUGAACACUAUCGCUCAGAUUAAUUCGGUAUUGUUUCUGUUGAGUUACCUCGCGACCAAUCUCGCGUGUCUCGGACUGGAGCUCGCUAGUGCGCCGAACUUCAGACCUACGUUUAAUUACUUCACCUGGUAUACGGCGACCAUAGGCCUGCUCGGCACGCUGAUAAUGAUGUUCAUAAUCAACAGUAUUUACGCUUCUAGUAGCAUAAUAUUGUGCUUGAUCUUGAUCAUCGUGCUGCAUCUGUUCUCCCCGAGCAAGAACGCGCCGUGGGGCAGUAUAUCCCAGGCGUUGAUAUUUCACCAAGUGAGGAAGUACCUGCUGAUGUUGGAUUCGCGCAAGGACCACGUGAAGUUCUGGCGCCCGCAGAUGCUGCUGAUGGUCGCAUCCCCGCGCUCCGCUUGUCCCCUCAUUGACUUUGUAAACGAUCUGAAGAAAGGAGGCCUCUACGUUAUCGGGCACGUGAAGGUCGGCGACUUUUUCGGCCAGAGUAGCGAUCCUACCAUGGAGGAGUACCCACAUUGGCUCAGUCUGGUCGAUCACAUGAAGGUCAAGGCUUUCGUCGAGCUAACCGUGACGAAAACGGUGCGCGAAGGCCUACAGCAUCUGAUAAGGCUGUCCGGAAUGGGCGCGAUGAAGCCGAAUACCAUCGUCCUCGGUUUCUACGACGAGGAGUCGCCUCGAGACUUCUUCUUGGAUUCUCAGUAUGCGACGUCGGUGUUCGAGAACAGCUCGACGCUUCCGAACAGCACUGUGUUUCCGCUGAGGCAGACCACGAGCGAGAAACACCUGGAUCCGGUGCAGUACGUCGGUAUGUGCUCGGACGUUCUGAGAAUGAAGAAGAACCUCUGCCUAUGCAGGAACUUCCAUCUGAUGAAUAAAGCGCAGUUAACGAAGAAUUCGAACUUGAAGUUCAUCGACGUGUGGCCGGUGAAUUUCUUCCAACCGACCGAUCAGGAUCCGUUCGACACGACGUCGUUGUUCAUGCUCCAGCUCGCCUGCAUCAUCAACAUGGUGCCCGGCUGGAAGAAUCUGCAUCUCAGAGUGUUCCACUGCGAGAGCUCGGACGACAACAGGAAUCUCGGCAUCUCGGAAAACUCGAUGAACGAGUUCCCGAGGGUCUCGAACGAACACAGAAUACGAAAGUCGCUGAACCUGCUGCGAAUCUCCGCGUCGAUCAAGAAAAUCCCGGAAUGGGGGGAGCAGAUCCGAGCAUUGAAGGGCAGGUCCUUGCUGGAGCCGAAAACGGAGAAUCACUUUGACGGGGGUACAGAGUCCAACGAUAACGCCUUGAGCAACGUAUCACGGGCUUAUAUAUUGGGCGUCAAUCAACUGAUUAGGCAAUAUUCUGCUCAGACCGCGACGACAUUUAUUUAUUUGCCCGCGCCACCAAUCUCGACCACUUGGGACCAGGUCGACAUGUAUCGACAGUAUUUGCAGUCGUUGACUGAAUUAACCGCAGAUUUGCCGCCGAUUGUUCUCGUGCACGGUGUUAGCGCCGUCACAUCGACCACUUUAUAACAAAAUGUACGGAUAGACACGAAAAUGUUUGAUACAUUCUUAAUCUGUGAAAAGAGAAGAUAUUAUGUCAAUCGUAAAACUAAGAAAAGUUAUAUCAUUACAUUCUAGUUCCUCGGACAUAAUCUUAGUUAUAAGCGGAAUUUAUUGUAUUAAAUGCACAAAGAUCGAGGAUAGUUUUUAUUUAUUAUAUUUCCUCAUUAGUAACUUGAUUGAUUUUGCAUGGUACUGUACAUAACAUGUAACCAAGCAAUAAGUAUUGUUUUAGAUCUGUAGGAUACGCGCUUUAUCACGUCCAAAAGAAUGUUUAAUAUGUAUAAAUGCUAAAGUUUAUAAUACUGUGAUAACAAAUGUAUUAUAUAAGAGAUUUUCGAAAAGCGAAUAUUUUUAAAGCGACGACUAGGCGGUUCUGUAAAGAUAUUGUACUAAUAUAUACAGAGUAAAGGGCACUCUUAAUUUUAUGACCCGAAAAUUAUGUUCGGUGUGUGCGUUUCGCAGUUUCAUGGAUGAAACGCGAGCUUCUCGAAACUGUGCAAACUAUUUAAAACACAGGUCGUAAAAUUAAAUGUCCGUUCUAUACUUUAUAUAAGACACACUAUUUCUAUAUCACUUUUUUAUACCGCAUUUCAUGUCACUAAUAUUACUCAGUAAUAUAGUACUCAGUAAUCCGACUAAUUAAACAAAGAUCCAUUGAAAUUACUCUGCUUAUUAUUAGUUGAAUUGUACUAUUUGAAAAUAAAAAG